AUGAAGCCUACCGCUGUUCUCAUCGCCAUCUGCGCUGCCGCCGCCUCCGCUGCCGCCGUCGCGCCCGCCCGCUCAACCUUGCUUGACCCUCACACGACUGGCCCAUUCAACCACUAUCCCGGGUGUUCUAUCGAUUGUCUGAAGCGUAGCUUCGACGAGGCCGGGUGUGCCCAUUCCGACACCAAGUGCGGCUGCAUCCACAAGAGGGUCAUAACCAAGAUGUCGAAGCCGUGCCUCUGGGCCCGUUGCACCAUGGACGAGUGCAUCAAGAUCAAGAACAUGGCAAUGCAGGCGUGCGACAGGCUCGAGAAGUCAAUUUGA